CUCACUGGUCCAACGCCUCACUUCUCAUUUGCAGCAGUCUCUUUCUUUCUUGCAUUGUACCGUACCAUGAGAGUCGCUGGCUGGAAACCAUUUAUACCGCGAGAAUGACUCUGGUCGGAUGCACAUUCGAACAACACCAUCGCUCAUAAGAUAGCUCGGUAACAUGAUGCGGAGUUCCUCGCUUUACACGACUGCGCUGCUCCUGCAGGCGGCGCUCGCAGUCACCAUCAACGAAAUCACCGGCGACCGAUACAUUUCCUCAUAUGCUGGAAGCCAGUUCACGGGUCUCAGGGACUGCCCUGAUCCGGAUGACAAGACCUCCAACUCCAUCUACGUGUAUGGCAGCAGCGCGGCCAAAAGUGUCGCCGUGGGAGACAUUAUCACCCUGAGUGGCAAGGUCACAGAGUACCGGUCCUCGUCCAGCUAUGUCUACUCCGCCGAGAUCGAGUCGGCGACCGACAUCGAGGUGGUUUCCAUUGACAACACCGUGACUCCUAUCGUGAUAGGCAAGAAUGGAAUCAGUCCCCCGACCGAGCAAUUCACAUACCUCGACAAAGGGGAUGCGUUCAGUCUGCCCGGUAACAGCAGCCAAGUUUCGACGGUCAACCCGAUAUUGAACACGACCGCAUAUGGCAUGGACUUUUGGCAGACCAUCUCCAAGGCCAACUCCUACGGCGACACUUGGGUCGUCGGUGACUGGACGGUCAGCGGGAGCAAUGCUCGAGGAGGCUUGACAAUGACUGCAAAUGACUCUAAUCCCGAGGCGCUCCUGGUUGGCUCGCCCCUAGACGGAAGUGAAAACCCGACCGAUGUCAAGUUGAGUGAUACACUGGCGGAUAUCACGGGCAUUGUCACCCAGGCAUACGGCUACUACGCCCUCUUGCCCACGACCGCGUUGUCGGUGUCGGCGUCGAAGACGACUGCAGUACCCAAGACGUCGUUGGUAUCGAACCAGAAGUGCUUACUUACUUUCGGACAGUUCAAUGUGGAUAACCUCGGGCCGGAUUCAACGACACUCCCUGCCGUCGCGGGUCACAUUGCGAAUGAGUUGCAGAGCCCGGAUAUCAUGUUCUUGCAGGAGAUUCAGGAUAACUCGGGUUCUUUGAAUGACGGCGGUAUGAGCGUUUCAUUUUUCCAGGCCUAUGUGACGCUCUCAACCUUGAUCAGCUCCAUCGUUGAGCAGGGCGGAGUCCAGUAUGACUUUCUUGACAUCGAUCCGAUCGACGGCACCAACGGCGGUGAAAGUGGUGGCAAUAUUAGAAACGUGUACUUGUUCAACCCGGCCACUGUGGCCCUGCGCAACGCGAACCCAGGCAACAGCACCGUAGCCACGACUAUUGGAUCAGGAGGCGCGUUGAGCUACAAUCCGGGGUUGAUUGAUCCCAUGAACGAGGCGUGGGACGCGAGUCGCAAGCCCCUGGUGGCGCAGUGGGAGAGGGCGGAUGGCAGGAACACCUUCUACACGGUCAACGUGCACUUGACCUCCAAGUACGGCAGCUCUGGUCUGGAAGGCGACCUCCGACCACCUGUCAAUGGUGGGGAGGCGAAGCGAGCUUCGCAGACUAAGGUGAUUGCGGACUUUGUGACAACGCUCUUCGCGGAGGUAGCCGACGCUAGGAUUAUUGUCGCGGGCGAUUUUAAUGAGUAUUCAUGUGUGGAGCCAAUGAGUGUGUUCUCGGGGGUUGGCUUGCAGGAGCUCGAUGAGACCGCGGGCCUUGCGGCGACGGAGCGAUACACCUACCUCUACGGGGCCCAGGUGGAACACGUCCACGUGAACACAUGGAUGUCAAGUGCGGACCAGAGUUCUGACCACGACCCUUCGGUCGCUAAGAUGAAUGUGUGUCAAUGA